AUUUAUUGGUUAUAAUAUAAUAUAUUGUAAAUUCGAUUGUCUUGUCUUCUUCUCUUGUCCCCUACAACUUCUUUAAUUAAUAAUGAACUUAUUUCGUUUUGUGGCGGACCUGAUGCAUCUUGCAUCUGUGGUCAUUCUCCUACUGAAGAUUAGAAGCACGCGGUCUUGUGUUGGAAUAUCAUUCAAAUCCCAACUUCUUUACACCGUUGUUUUCUUGACGCGCUACCUUGACCUUGCAACCAAAUAUAUCUCUUUAUACAACACUUGCAUGAAGAUAUUCUUCAUCGGAACCUCGUUUUAUGUUCUUUAUCUGAUGAAAUUUAGAUUCAAAGCAACCUAUGAUGCUGGUCUUGAUACAUUUCGUAUCUGGUAUUUGCUUGUUCCCUGUGCUAUUCUGGCAGGUUUAUCUACCAGAGAAUAUUCUGUACUAGAGACUCUUUGGACUUUCUCUCUUUGGUUGGAAUCUGUAGCUAUUCUUCCUCAGUUAUUCAUGCUACAGAGAACAGGAGAAGCUGAGACGAUCACAACUCAUUACUUGUUUGCAUUGGGAGCGUACCGUGCACUUUAUCUUUUCAACUGGAUAUACCGUUAUGUUACAGAAGCACACAUUGAAUGGGUUGCACUUGUCGCAGGAUUGCUCCAAACUGCAUUGUACAGUGAUUUCUUCUAUAUCUAUUACACAAAGGUUAUGCGAGGAAAGAAGUUUGAACUGCCAAAGAUGGUUUAAUAGAUCCCCCCUUCCUUUUUUUUUCUUUCUUUUUUGUUGGUUCCUAAAAUCUGGAGCGGUUUAAAAUAUAUACAAAUAUACAAUACAAUAUGUAUAUCAUAUAUCCAUAU